GAUUUUGCAAUGAAAGAAAUUAUUUUUGAUUUUCUUUGUGUGGGAAAACCAGCAAAAGCUUUCAGUCUCAAUCCAGAGAGAAUGAACAUUGGUUUACGGGCAUUCUUAGUAAUAGCCGAUAGCUUGCAGCAGAAAGAUGGUGAGCCUCCCAUGCCAGUGACAGGAGCUGUUCUCCCUUCAGGAAACACACUGAGAGUGAAGAAAACAUAUUUGAGUAAAACGCUAACUGAAGAAGAAGCCAAAAUGAUAGGCAUGUCAUUAUAUUACUCUCAAGUACGAAAAGCCGUGGACAAUAUUUUAAGGCACCUUGAUAAAGAAGUAGGAAGGUGUAUGAUGCUAACAAACGUUCAGAUGCUAAACAAAGAACCCGAGGACAUGAUCACGUGAGUACAGUGAGGACUGUUGUUAAUUAGCCACGAUGUACCAGCAGAGACUUUUCUCAUUUAU